CCAUGAUGCUCGGCGAAGAGUCCACUUCCGCCGACUACUGGCGGAGAUGCGGCGACGAAGCCCUAGCACAAGGCAUCAAAGGCGUAGUCAUAAUGGGCGCCCACUGGGCCUGCCACGGCGACGGCAUUGAAGUCGCGACGAACCCUAACCCAGGCAAAAGCCCCGUUGCCUACGUCCACCCCUCCAAAUACGUCGACUAUAAGCUCAACCCCGACCUGCCCACCGCCCACCGGUGCAUCUCCCUCCUCUCUCAAGCCGGUUUCAAAGCCACCGGCAACGACACCUUCGAGUGGAUCCACGACGUCUACCUCAUUCUCAUUCGCAUGUUCCCUAACGCCUGCCCACCCACCACCAUCAUCUCCUCCAACGCCCGCUACGACCCCCACUACCACAUGAAAGUCGGCUCCACGCUCCGCCAGCUCCGUCGCGAGAACUACCUGAUCAUCGGCACCGGUGGCGCCGUGCACAACCUCUACCGCAAUCGGUGGGCGCCUAUGCUGCGGUUCCGCGAUAACUUUGCUAUGGAGACGCCGCCUGAGGACUGGGCGUUGGAGUUCCGUCAGGCUGUUGAGGAUGUUAUGGUGAAGUGUCCGGGCGGGCCGAAGAUGAGACGCGCUAUGACGAGGUUGAUGAAGCAUCCUGAGUAUAGGGAUGCGCAUGCGACGGAUGAUCAUUUUAUGGCCGCAUUGUUUGUGGCGGGUGCUGUGGGGGAGUGGGAGGAUGAGGGAAGUAAGGUGGUGCUGGGGGCGGAGACGUGGGAGUUGACGAAUAUGUGUAAUUCGCAGUUUACGAUUGGGGAGUGGAUAAAGGUUUCCCAUGAGAAAUACCUUCAGCGGUCUACCUGAGAAGUGGUCUGGUUACUUCUCUCUUUUGUUGGCAUUGUUGCAUUUCACACAAGCUUCACAUACAGAUGAGACUAGUAGCUAGACAGUACAUGUUGGUACCAAUACUAUCUACUCUUGGACAAAGUCAA